CAGAAUUCCUUCGCCCUCCAAUAUCCCAGCAUUCACAGCGUAACCUGCAGUAUUGACAAAGAAAAUAACGACAGAAAACAGGGUGGGCUCUCCAAAACAAUACCCCCACAAAUUAACGACAACAAGGGUGCAGCACUGCGUUAUGCUGCUAAGGAGCUGAGGGUGAGUGGGAAGGGCCAUCUGCACCUGAGGGGAGGUUACACACCUGCAGAGCUUCCAGAGAGAGGGCCCUGCCAGACACACCUGCAGAGCUUCCAGAGAGAGGGCCCUGCCAGACACACCUGCAGAGCUUUCAGAGAGAGGGCCCUGCCAGACACACCUGCAGAGCUUCCAGAGAGAGGACCCUGCCAGACACAGAGGACGAGAGAAAGGGACAGGGGAGCGAGCUCAGCUGGAGCCAAUGCAGCAGCAGAGUGGACAGCCUGAGCUAGUGGAAGGAAGCCUUCCCGUGUUCGUGUUCCCCACAGAGCUUGUCUUCUACGCGGACGAGCAGACCUCCCACAAGCAGGUUCUCACCCUCUACAACCCCUAUGAGUUCGCCCUCAAGUUCAAAGUGCUAUGCACAGCGCCAAACAAGUAUACUGUGGUGGAUGCCACCGGAGCCGUCAAGCCACAGUGCUGUGUUGACAUAGUGAUUCGACACAAAGAUGUGCGGGCCUGUCACUAUGGGGUGUCUGAUAAGUUCCGGCUGCAGGUGUCUGAGCAGAGCCAGAGGAAGGCCCUGGGCAGAAAGGAGGUGACGGCCACUCUGAGGCCCUCGGCUGCCCAGGAGCCCCCCAGCCCCCGGCCCCAGGAGGAGGAUCGACAGAUGAAGGAACAGCUGGCCGACAGCGUGUUCUUUGAGCAGACCACCUUCCAGACAGAGAGCCGCUCUCAGUCUGGGGGGCCCAGCCUGCUGACGGUGCUGUUGGGGCUGGUGUGUAUGGCUGCCCUCAUGCUGCCAACCCUGGGGGAGCAAGAAUCCACCGUGCCUGUCUACCUCCACUUAAGUGUUACCAAGAAACUUGUAGCUGCUUACGUUCUAGGUCUUCUUACAAUGGUUAUCCUGCGUACAUGAAGUGCUAUGGGGGCUGGUAAGAGAAUGUGGAGAAGAUACAGAAGAGAAGAGAACAUUGUCACCCAAGGCAACUACAUGCUUGAAAGGGUAGUGUUUAGGGGGUGGGGGAUGGGGUAUCUGGUCAAUUCCCCCUCCCUCUGCCCCAAAAACAUACAUUUAAUUGUUUUGAAAUAAAAACAUAAUACUGACCUGAUACAAUGCAAGAGACCUCUGAUGCAAUGGGCACAGAAAUAACAUUCUGGAGGAGGGCAUUGUGUGGGUCUGCUGCCAUGGGAGGAAGGGUUUGUAUAAAAACAUGGGGGUCAUUAAAUUAAGUGUUUGACUUCA